AUGUCUCGCACGUCCGACGCCAAAGCCGACCUCCCAGAUCUGAACGAAGUCUACAAGCUCUACGAAGAUGAUCACCUAGAGGAUUUCAUCGAGGCUGCCGACAUACUACUUGAGCAAGAUGCCUGUCUAAGCCGUUGCGAUACCAUCCAGCUCCUUAUCUUCGCUAGCAAUAGCGUUGAAGAACCUCGAGACACUCUCGACUACUUCCAGCGCGCCGAAGAAGAAUUGAGAUUCUGGCAAGUCAAUCAUGCGCGAAAGGACAUUCCUACCAUCGAGAUUCUCGGCGAGAAAGUCAAAGCUUUGGAAGAUGUUGUGAAGAAAGACCGUAUAGAACGGGAGAAGGCCCAGCAAGAUGCAGAGGACGAGAAGUUCGAGGCUUCGGGACACGGCCUACAAAAUCCAGGUCUCAUGCAGGACAGAGUCGCCAACAUGGAAGAGGAUGAAAACGAACCGGAUACGAACGAGGGACCAGCAGCAGGAGACAUGCAAUCUGAGAAUCUGGUAUUCCGGCCAAAGAAGAAGCCGUCCAAGUUCCAGACCAAUCUGAGAAGAAAGUCCUUGAAGUCGCAGAAGAGCCUCUCGGGGCUUUCCAAGAAAGAACCAGAGCCGGAGCACGGCGAGAAGAACGGGAAGAAGAGUGAGGGUCUACGUUGA